AUGAAUGUAAAAGUGGUCAAGGUGUCGUGUAAAUAUUUCAUGAACUUCUCAGAAAUAGCCGUGGACCUAGAGGAAUAUAACUCAGCAAUUAUAACCGAAUAUAAGCUUUCCUCUGGGAAAGAAGCUCUUGCAACGGCAAUCCAGUUUUUAACCGAUCCAAAGUUCAUCGACGAAACAAAUGCCUUUAAAUUAAAGCACGCAUAUACCCCACCGUCGACAUCAGGAUUCGUAACACUGAAAUUGAAGAUUUGGAAUGAGGAAGAAAGCAAUGAACCUUUCUACGUACAUGCAACACGAGCGUUCUCCACCAUUGGCUUCAUAUAUGUGAAAAAGGAUGGAGAUGCUUCUCUAGAGUUCAUUCGGGAUUUUCAAAACAGAUUCAAAACUCAUUCGAUUUAUGUUUUUCCAUUUAUUAACUUGAAUGUCGAAAAUCCUUGGAAUCAGACCAAUCUCUUCAGUUUUUUUGAAUAUAAAAGGAUGACCUACACCCUAAAGGCGCUUAUUAAAAUCAACGAUUGGAUAAACUGCGAUGGAUACCGCCUUUCAGAAACAGUUAAUCCCGAUCAUUUCACCACAAUGAUUGCGAAUCUACAUUAUCUGAAUAUAAUCGAGCGAGUUUAUUAUGCGAAGGAGCUUAUGAGCCUUGCGAAUAAGGUGAAUGAGAUAUUUUGCGUCUUAACAAACCAAAAAUUUAGCGUCCGGUUUGCACUUAAGGCAGCGGAAAAUCUGAGUAAUUUAAUGCUGAAGGACAUGGAUAGUCCUCCGUUUGAGGAUAUGAUGAUAUUGAUAAGAGCCGGUGAUGACGAAAUUCAAUGGACGGAUGCGAGUGACGUUAUCCAACUCAUUUUGAAGAUAUCAGUGCAAAUUGCAGUAGCAGCAAAAUUUAAUAUUUCAAUCAUUUUCUUAAAGAAUAUAGACAAGGUGAAACUAUAUCAGCAGAUGGAAUGUGUUACUUCGGCGCUACUCAAGGAGAGUUCAGGAGCAACUGAUGAGAUGUAUUCCCACAUCAAUUUUAUCCAGAACAUAGUGGAUUUGUGUAAUUCGCUCAACAUUCAAGCGAUUAUCGAAUACAGUGGAUAUGUUCCAGUGAAAGGAUGCAAUGUAGUGCUAUGUAAAGGGUUUGAAGGGUUUGAACAUGUAGAGGCAUCAUAUUUCAAUGUUGAGGACAUUUUCAAAGAUUUUAAUUAA